AUGAAGCACGGACUACUGAAUAGAAUAGGUAUGUUGUUACAGUAUUAGACAUUGAUCGGAUUUGUAUAACCAGCCCUAUACCUCACUCACACAUUGUGGAACGUGUGUGUGUUACAGAGACUGCCCCUACUGCACCCCAAGCUUCCAGAAUCAGAGAAGCCAGAGUCGGCCAGACAGCCUCGACCAGCACCCACAGGUUCAAUCACACAUAUUACCAUCAAAUUACAAGUGUGUAUGUGUGUGUUAUUGACUGUGUGUGUUUCAGUGAGUCGGAGUGGUCAGUUUGUCCCGAAGCGUGUGGGUUUAAAGGACUUGGACCAGCGGUUCUCUGAUGUGGCCGAGACGUUCAACCAACAACAGGAGAGCUAUGAUAUCAUGAAGGAACGCAUCAUAUCUCUCUGCCGCACUUAUGACUGUAACAAUGACAGCACCCUGACUCUGACCAGGUGUGUGAGGAAGAUCAAGGAGGAGCAAGGUGAGACACACACGCACACACACACACACAAACACACGCAUGCAUACACACACACACACACACACUCACUCUCACACAUAUAGGCAUAACAGAGCCAUGCCCUUCUUUUCUCUCUCUCUCAUUUAUUUAACCUUCACUUAACCAGGUUAGUUUCGUUGAGAUAAAAACAUUUUUUCAAAAGAGACCUCUUCCUGUCCUUUUUUUUUUUUUUUACUUUUUUUAAAUACUUAUUUUCCACCAUAAUUUGCAAAUAAAUUCAUUAAAAAUCCUACAAUGUGAUUUUCUGGAAUUCUUUUUCUCAAUUUGUCUGUCAUAGUUGACGUGUACCUAUGAUGAAAAUUACAGGCCUCUCUCAUAUUUUUAAGUGGGAGAACUUGCACAAUUGGUGGCUGACUAAAUACUUUUUUCCCCCACUGUAUAUUGAGUAUGUCUAUAAACAUGUUAGAGAAAUUAGUUGUGAUAUAUCCUGAUGUAUUCUGGACAGGAAUUCCUAAUCUAAAUCCUAAUCUAAUCAAACACUGUGUUGAUUAAACCACUAUCGAUGUUAGAGAUCAUGUUAGUGUUUUUUCUGUGUUAAUAUUGUAUGUUAUUGCAUUUUAUAACAAAUUAAACCUGCACACUGUUGUUAGUGUCUUAAGGUUUGAAUGAAUAUGUUUGAGUGACAUAGCUGAGUAUAAAAAAUAUAUAUUCCACACAUCACAACCACCACUUAGCACACAGAGACUCCUUACUGGUACUGACAGGACCCUGCAGCAGGAGAAUGGGAUGGAGGGAGGGGUAGGGAGAGGGAGGGAGAGACUGUGUGGGGGGUUAGGGGAGGGAGGGAGAGAGCGAGCGAGCAAGAGAGAUGUGUGUGUGUGUGUGUGUGUGUGUGUGUGUGUGUUAAGAGAGGAAAAAAGGGAGAUGAGAGGAUGGAAGGAAAAGCUUUGCUACUGAUAUGUUGCUGCUGUACUGUGGACUAGGACAUGCCAGUCAAUAACUUACAUAAUGUAUUAGUUCAAAUGUUAAGUACUGCAAUUAUCUGAAGGCCUACUGUUUUUCUGCAUCCAUAACCUUUGCAUGGCCAUUAGCUAUGCACCUCAUACUGAGACUGGCAGACAGGCUUUUCCCAGGUUAAUUAUUAUAUCAACCUUAUAUAAUUAACCAAUAAGGCCCAUACCACAGCUAAGGGCUGCUCUUACAUUUUAAUCAUUUAGCAGACACUGUUAUCCAGAGCGAUUUACAUGAUAUACCACGGCUGUCAGCCAAUCAGCAUUCAGGGCUCGAACUACCCAGUUUAUAAUUAUUAUUACAGGUCUACCGUUAUAUUCUUCCUCUUUAUAAAAUGACAUAAUGGGCCCUGCAGUAAUAACCAUACAAUAUACAAUCCAGCAUAUUAUAAAUACAUACCCUUUAAAGCUUUGACAACAUAGGAUACUUUCCCUUUUAAAAUCACAUAUCAAAGUUUCAUUACAAGUAUCCGAUAUGAUAGCUAAAACACAAAGGUCAUAAAUCAUAUAACUAUGCCCAUGAUCUGACUGUCAAACAGCGAUGAUAGCGACGAUCUACCCUAUUUGUGAAAAUUAUUAUGUCACGCCCCUACACCAAACUUAAUUGGUCGCUAUUUCUGGAGGCGCGGUUCUUACUUUUAUACUGCUUAACCAUUGGUAUACAGGCCUGCCAUUCCGAAUUAGUCCUUCUCGAGUUCACACUAGUGUUGGCGAGCGGUGGGAGUAAAUGAAAAUUGAGGUUUUGAUGUUGAUUAAUGAUUUAGCUAGCUAGUGGCUUUAAGGAGUAAUUGAUAUCUACCUAUUUCUUCGGACGGAACAAUAGCGGACUUGGAGACAAAGGAAAUCCUGAGAUAGCAUGAUAGUAAGUAAACAAACAACUUUGCAGCUAGCUAGUUCGUCUUCUUGGAGAGCGCUUUCUGCAUGCACAUUUUCAGUUUGAAACCUGACUGAGUCGGCUAGAGAUUCUGUCGAGCUCGGAAGCAUAUAGCUAGAUCUGCUACUAGUGACCUCACACAAAGUAGUUUGCGAUAACAGUUAGAUAGCUACAGUAGGUAGGUAGCGAGCUUGUUGAUUUCUGUAGACCGGACUUGCGAAGCUGUGUGGGAAGUGAAGGAUCUUGCCAGAUAGCAUCUAGCUAGGCAACUGACAGGCGUGAAGUGAAACUCACAAUUUGCACCUAGUUCCGUGACUACGUUGGCCAGCAGGCUAGCUAGCUAGUUUAGCUGUCAUUGGCCUGAAAAGCCCAGGACAAGUAGCUUCCUUAGCCAGACUGCUGUCAAAAAGUUUGUCCCUCAGCUCGUCCUCUGGUCAGCUAGCUAGCAAGUACACCUAGUCUAAUUUCAAGCAUUACCCUUUUCAGUCAAUCAGUGGUUUAGUCUCCACAUGAUGUAGCUAAAUGAUGAUGAUGAUGUUUAUAGUGAUGGUCUACUAUCUACUGCAUAGUGUUUCUGCCGGUGGAUAUUGUGGCUGUACACUGAUCAAUAGUCCUGUAGGAUCGAUCUGCGGUGGACACCACAUAGACAUAAGUUAGGUGAGUGUGUACCUGAGGCUUUAGUCAGUUGUGUCUGUGUUUGCUCUGUCAAGCAUGUUUGAUUAAAAUCCUUUGUUUUAUUAUUAAUGUUGCUGUUACACACACAACCUAGAGGGUGUGUGUGUGUGUGUGUGUGUGUGUGUGUGGUGUGUGUGUGUGUAGGUUGAGUAAUGCAUUGUUCAGAUUUUUUGCAAUAACUGACAUGUGACGCAGCUUUCCUCAGUAAAGCCCUAGACACGGCUCUCACCAGUGUGUGUAUGUGUGUGUGCCCUAAUGCAGUGGAACCUCUGCAGGAUGGUGUACACGCACACGCACACACACACACACACACACACACACACACACACACACACAGUCCCUCUGCUAUACAGAAUGAUAGGACAGUUUGCCAAACAGCAGUAUGAGGAGAGAGCUCUCUGUAAAUAUGAUCCGAGCCUAUAGUUACCUGAGACAGAGGGGGAUGAAGAGAGAGAAAGCGAGUGAGAGUCAAAGAGGGAGAGAGAAAAGGAGUGUAGGCUGCUAUAAGAGGAUUCCAGCCUGUCAGCUCUCUCUCUCUCAGAACCCACAGCUAUCAGACCACACACACAGCUACUAAUAACAGAGUUAGGCAUACUACUGCUGCUGGCAGAGAAACUACUGCGGGGGGGGGGGGCUUCAGAUUCUGCAGAAUAGGGGGAUUGAGAGAUGAGGAGAGGAAGUCCAGGAGGAAGUAAGAGGUUAGGAAAGCAGGGGCAUUAUUUACAAAGGAGAGGGAGAUCUGCUAGGAUUGGGUGUGUACUCGUGUGAGUGAGUAUGAGGAUAAUGUCGUUUGGGGAUAAUAUAGACUAUUUUCAGGACAUUCCUUCAGCUCAUUUGGGCUACAGCGCUCUCUUUCUCUCUUCUCUGUUUCCUCUAGGGCAUGGCACAAUUAUAUGACUGCCAUUAGUGUGUGUUUUACCCCGCAACACAGGAAAAAGCGGUUCGGCAGCUCUUUCUUCUCUCCAAAACAGGGUGUUCUGAUUGGUCCGUUCACUUCCUAGCUUUUGCUCUGGUCUGAUAACAUGCCAGAGGAGCCCUUGGCUUGCCCUGUCCAUUUUCACAGAACUUGUUCACAUCCUGGAUUUAUAAGGAAAAGGACUGGUGUAAGAAAUAUGGUGGAAACUUGCUUUGAACACGAUUAGCCCUUGCUUACACCAACCCAUUGCUUUUAACUGCGUGGGGUGGGGAGGAGUGCAUACUUUGGGAGAAAGGACAGAGAAUUGGGACGCAUCAGCGUGAGUUGGCCUAUGUAUUGGAAAGAGACGUCAUAGUGAGUGAGUUGUCUGGGAGGAGUGGAUGUGUCUGUUCUGUGUGCGUUGGUAUACAGUCUUGCGAUAAAAGAUAUCCUGCUGACAGCGCAGUAAGUAGUGUUUGUGUGUGUGUUGUGUAAUAACGUUGAUUCAGAUUAGUUUGUUCUCCAGUUAGCCAGUGUAUGUGAUUGGCUGUGCUGUGUGUUAGCUUGUCUCUGAUAGGCUGUGUGUAUAGGACAAGGUGAUGGUAUUGGUACUGUGAUCGAUGGAGCAGAAACUACUACUGUGGAGCUAGCAUCCACCUGGAGUGUGUGUGGCUGGCCUAUUGAUGUUUAAGGUUGUGUUUGUUUGGCUGCUACUCUUGUUUGGGCUUACUGUACCACUCGUACAAAACACAACACGACACACACAGAGGAUUAGAAGUGUAAACUAGCAGAGGAAUGUGUUGUUUAAAUAGAGAGGAUUAUGAGGAGAGGCUGCCUGUUUUAAGCUCUGUGGUAGGAACCUAGAGGUCAGUGUGUGUUUGUGUGUGAGACCGUGAAUGGAGUGUAUGAGACCGUGAAUGGAGUGUAUGAGACAUUGAAUGGAGUGUUUGUAAUUGCAGCUAGAACUGGUUGGCAGGCUCUUUGAAACAGGUUUUGUGAAAGUGGAGGUGAAUUUUAGAAUACACACACACGCUCACGUUCCUGUUUGGUUUUGGGCAAUAUUGACCAGCCGUAUUUUUGUGCAUUAACAUUUCCAUCGGUAAAAUGCAAUUGUGUUCAUUGUCCGUAGCUUAUGCCUGCCCAUACUAUAACCCCACUGGCCACCAUGGGGCACUCUGUUCACAACGUUGACAUCAGCAAACCUCUCGCCCACACGACGCCAUACACAUGGUCUGUGGUUGUGAGGCCGGUUGGACAUACUGCCAAAAUCUCUAAAAUGACUUAUGGUAGAGAAAUGAUCAUUACAUUCUCUGACAACAGCUCUGGUGUACAUUCCUGCAGUCAACAUGCCAAUUGAACACUCCCUCAACUUGAGACAUCUGUGUCAUUGUGUUGUGUGACAAAAGUGCACAUUUAAGAGUGGCCUUUUAUUGUCCCCAGCACAAGCUGCACCUUUUAUUUUAUUUUUUAUUUUUUUGAGUUUAUUUUUACAGGGACAGUGCACAUUAAUCAACGUUUCAGUAAAAGUGCCGGUUUUAGCCAGCCGGCUAAUUUUCAACCGCAGUCCCUGGGCAGGUUAUUAAAAACAAUUACAAUAUAGACAAUAACAACAUAGAACAAGACAUAACAUACAGACAUAGCAACAUAGGACAAACAAGACGUAGCAUACAGACCGAGCAACAUAGAACAAAAAGCAGCAAGACAAAAUUCAUAAAAGCAACAAAGUGUUUCCACACCUCACAAGUUACAGACAACAUACAUGAAAAGCGGCAACACACAGCUAGGGACCAUGUUCACAAAUCUGAUUGACCUUUAGCCAUGUCUUCAAGCAUUUUGUGAAAGUGUGAUAUGUAGUGCAGUUAUGUGUGUCUGAUGGCAGUGUAUUCCAGACAUGGGAAGCUCUCACAGAAAAAGUGUAAUGAUCAUGCUGUUUAAUCAGCUUCUUGAUAUACCAAACCUGUCAAGUGGAUGGAUUUAUCUUGGAAAGGGGAAAUGCUCACUAGCAGGGAUGUAAACAAAUUUGUGCACAACAUUUGAGAGAAAUAAGCUUUUUGUGCGUAUGGAACAUUUCUGUGAUCAUUUAUUUCAGCUCAUGAAACAUGGGACCAACACUUUACAUGUUGCAUUUAUAUUUUUGUUCAGUAUAGUUAGAUGGGUGAUCCGCCGUUACCAUGGUCAACGUUUGGUCGUUAUGUGUUCUAGACUAGUAGGCCAGAUCUGAGCUCAUGGAAACACACUGUAGAUGGAUGAUAUUUACAUGAUUCAUCUAGCUCUGUUUAUACCAUACAAGGAGCUGUGUGUGUGUGUGUGUGUGGUCUCGUGGAACCAGACCAAUGUGUCGUGUUUGUGUGACGUCACAUGUGAAUGUAGUGCUGUACUUCAUUGUAUUGAACAAACAUAUUUAAUCCAUGAGGGGAGAGAUGGAAGGAGAGCAAGGUGGGAGGGGGAGGGAUGGAGAAAUGGAUGGGGGAGUGGGGGGCUUAGCACUGUUUUCCUCCCUUUCUCUCUCUCACUCACACACACACACACACACACACACACUCUUAUGUAACUGCGGGAGAGCCUGAAGUAACAUUAUAAAGAGAGAGCGCGAGGGAGAGUGCUGUUGAUAAUGAGAGAGGUGAGAAACAGCAGAGAUUGUGUGAAGCUGUGACUAAGGGAGAGGGAGGGAAAGAAAGAUGGACUUUGGAUUGUGUGUCUGUCUGUUUGUCUGUAAGUGUAUUAACAACAGUCUCUCUUUUUGCUUCCCAGGUAUAGGUGUGUCCACAGCAGCAGAUGAGGGAAGAUGUUGGCUAUGGACCAAGGAGUGGUGGAGGAGUGGCUGUCAGAGUUUAAGGUGUGUGUGUGUGUCUGUCAGUCAGGUUUUCCGUUAGCCGGUAAUAGACGGCUUUUGCCCCCCCAAAAAAAAAAUGAAAAUUGGUGCCGGCUAAUUGUCCAGGAGAAGGGAAAAAAUCCCAUUGCAAAAUAAUGAUUUUUGGCCUAUUCAUUGAUUAAAUACAUUUGACCAGUCUUAUCGGUCUACAGGUUAAUUUGCAUAAUUUAGUGGAAUUAAAUUGGUGUGUAUUUUUGUUAGUCAUUAUGUAUCUUAUCUGUCAGACAGCGCGAGAGCUGCUGCUACAGCUCAUCACAGCUUGUUCGUUGCUUUUAUAAGCCCAAUCAUUACACAACAAUUGCAAAUGCAUUUGCAUGUUUAAAACAGUUUUGAUGGCCACGAUUACAAAUAUAUACUAUUUUUAUUUCUCAACUGGUAAUUGAAGCUCGCUUCCCAUUCGCCAUUCAAGUACAUGGGCAAUGGUAGGCAUGCUUUAGUUCAUCACACACCGCUUUACAAUGAGCUGGAGGCAGUAUGCAUUUUGAAAACAUAUUCUUAAUAGUUUGAAACCUGAACAUUUUACUUCAUAUUAUGAGGCAUGCCUCAAAGUAGCCUAGCCACAAUUAUUUUCUAAAGACUUCCAUAUGCCAUUGAAACCAGUAGCCUAUUUCUCUCAUGUUCUAUUGGUUUUCAAAUCAACUUUCAUUGUCUAGUAUCCAAACUUCCAUCCUAGUCAUAUUGGCAACCAAUGCUAGUUAUAGCAUCUUUGGAUCUUCCCCCUUUCUAAAUUUCUAACUGAUAUUUUCGUCUCUGUAACAUGAAACUGCUUGCAUGUGCGAUGUGCUUUUGACAACUGUGUUUUCCCUCUAAUUGCAUUAUGGAACAAACAUUCGCGCAUAGCCUGCUGCCGUGUGUGCAUUGCUGCGCUUAUACUGUGAAGAAAUAAGAGUUUAUCAACAUUUGAAGCUAAACGCUCUGAUCUGUUGCAUCAGACUGUUUUUUAAAGAUGUUUUGGUGUAGCCUAGGCCUACUGGUUAUGUGAAUUUUGGGAUCUAUUGUCCCACAUCUGUCCCAGAGUCUGUUUGGAAUAGGCUAUUUCUUUCUCGCACAGAACGACAAGCUGACCAAUAGAAUAUAUAUUUUCUACUAUGGGGGCUAGUAGAUUGAGAUAGGCUAGUGAUUUUGCUGUUCGUUACUCAUCUUGUUGGCUGAGGAAAAUGUGGACAGUUAUUCUAACAUUCUAACAUCUUUAAAGUAUGCAUCAGAAUUCGGUAAGAAGGAAGCACGUGGUUGCAUCCUCAAGUUGCAUGUUCUUUUAAGAUGCAUUACCAUAAUAUAAAUGGGAUUUCUUUCACUGAGCACUGUGGAUGGACGCCCUAAUCAUGUUAUGCACCCAAUUCAUAUGGGUCCAGUAAGUUCAAUUCUGCCGGUCAAAUGUCUGAUGCCACAUUUUCCUAACGGAAACCCUGGUGUGUGUGUGUUAGGGGAGAGCCAGUGUCACUGUCUCAUCAUCAGUAUUCACUGUAUCUCUGUCUGUCAGCACACACACAUCACUACUUAUCACUGUCUCUCUCACACACACACACACACAAACGUACACAAACAUACACUCCUCAACUGGCAGCUUCAUUAAAUAGUACCCGCAAAACACCAGUCUCAACAUCAACAGUGAAGAGGCGACUCUGGGAUGCUGACCUUCUAGGCAGAGUUGCAAAGAAAAAGCCAUAUCUCAGACUGGCCAAUAAAAAUAAAAGAUUAAGAUGGGCAAAAGAACACAGACACUGGACUUUUUCUUUGCAACUCUGCCUAGGUCAGCAUCCCAGAGUCGCCUCUUCACUGUUGACGUUGAGACUGGUGUAUUGCGGGUACUAUUUAAUGACGCUGCCAGUUGAGGACCUGUGAGGUGUCUGUUUCUCAAACUAGACACUGUAAUGUAUUUGUCCUCUUGCUCAGUUGUGCACCGGGGCCUCCCAUUCCUCUUUCUAUUCUGGUUAGAGCCAGUUUGCGCUGUUCUGUGAAGGGAGUAGUACACAGCGUUGUACAAGAUCUUCAGUUUCUUGGCAAUUUCUCGCAUGGAAUAGCCCUCAUUUCUCAGAACAAGAAUAGACUGAUGAGUUUCAGAAGAAAGUUCUUUGUUUCUGGCCAUUUUGAGCCUGUAUUUGAACCCACAAUUGCUGAUGCUCCAGAUACUCAACUAGUCUCAAGAAGGCCAGUUUUAUUGCUUCUUUAAUCAGCACAACAGUUUCAGCUGUGCUAACAUAAUUGCAAAAGGGUUUUCUAAUGAUCAAUUAGCCUUUUAAAAUGAUAAACUUGGAUUAGCAAACACAACGUGCCAUUGGAACACAGGACUGAUGGUUGCUGAUAAUGGGCCUCUGUAUGCCUAUGUAGAUAUUCCAUUAAAAAUCAGCCGUUUCCAGCUACAAUAGCCAUUUACAACAUUAACAAUGUCUACACGGUAUUUCUGAUCAAUUUGAUGUUAUUGUAAUGGACAAAAAAAUUGCUUUUCUUUCGAAAACAAGGAAAUGUCUAAGUGACCCCAAACUUUUGAACGGUAAUGUAGAUGUGUGUGUUUAGUACACACAUAGUUACCUGUUAUUUCAAGGUUGCUCCGGGUACAGAGUGUUGAUCUGUGUGAUUGUGUAUAGACCCUCCCUGACAGUGCUGUGUCCAGCUACGCAGCGUCUCUGAAGGAGAAAGGCUCCCUGGUCCCAGCGCUCUACAAAGUCAUCAGAGAGAACUAUAGUGACGUACGUACUACACACACGCACGUACAACGUUAAUGCACACACUGAUGCAAUCCGGUUCCACUAGCAUUGCUACAUUCUGCAAAAAUGCUCGCCAGGAGCUUCUGGACUAAAUAUCCAGCUGAUGAAACACCAACAACCUAGGUAUAUAACAAAACUAAGCUAAAACUUAUAAAAGUGAACUAUCCCUCAAACCCUCUCCUCUAUUUCUCUCUUCUAGCUGUUGGAGCCAGUGUGUCACCAGUUGUUUGAGUUCUAUCGUAGCGGAGAGCCGCGGCUGCAGCGGUUUGUGCUCCAGUUCCUCCCUGAGCUGCUCUGGUCCCUCCUCCUGGCUCCGUCUGCAGCCAGGGACCCACACACCUCUGGCUGUAUAGAGGCCCUGCUACUGGGGAUAUAUAAUCUGGUGAGAUGCACACUCUCUCAAAAACACGCCCACAGUCUCACUCACACACACACACACACACACACAACUAAGGAGGGUGUGGGGGGGUUAGCAUAGCAAUUAGGGCUUUUUCUCUCUAUCACUGUCUCUCUCUCUCUCUCUCUCUCUCUCUCUCAGAAUAGCAGAGUAGGUCAGCUGUCAUUCAGCAUCCUGUCCCAGCUAUUACUCAUCCUGACAUUAACAGCUCUGACAUCGCCUAACAGGCCUUUAAACACACAUACACACACACACACAGACACACACACUCACAGACAGACAGACAUCACUCAGACACUGCAGAGCUUUAAGGCGCACUCUUAAAAUUGCUUUUAUUUCCCUCACUCACACACUGACUCUCUCUCUCUCUCUCUCUCUUUCUUUCUCUCUGUAGGAGAUUGUAGAUAAGGAUGGACAGAGUAAAGUCCUUUCUUUCACUGUCCCCUCCCUCUCCAAACCCUCAGUCUACCACGAGGUAAGUACACCUUUCAAGUCAGUCUUUCUCUAUGAACAAUGGUAUAUGGAUGGAGUUGGCUAGCUAUUAAAUCCUCCCUAGAUGAAGGUUUCUAAUCCAUGACCAUCCUUAAAUAACUUUCUAUAGAUCAAGAUAAUAAUAUGAAUAAACCUUUCCCCCAGCCCUCCACCAUUGGCUCCCUGGCAUUGACGGAAGGGGCUCUAGCCAAUCAUGGGCUGAGUAGAGUGGUGUACAGCGGGCCUCACCUACAGAGAGAAACCUUCACGGCUCAGAACAGGUCAGACAGAGAGUUAUGGUUGAAUUGGAGCUGGGCUGCAUUGUGAUAUAUUCGUUUUAUGGCUAUUUUGCUGUAGUGCAGAAAAUCUUGGUUUGUUUUAACGUUGCAUUGUGUGUGUGUGUGUGUGUAGGUUCGAGGUGCUGACCUUCCUGCUGCUGUGUUACAAUGCAGCUCUCAGCUACAUGACCUCCUCAUCUCUGCAGUCCCUCUGCCAGCUCAGCUCCAGGUAACACACACACUCUCCUGCCAGCUCAGCUACAGGUAACACACACACUCUCCUGCCAGCUCAGCUCCAGGUAACACACACACUCUCCUGCCAGCUCGGCUCCAGGUAACACACACACUCUCCUGCCAGCUCAGCUCCAGGUAACACACACACUCUCCUGCCAGCUCAGCUCCAGGUAACACACACACUCUCCUGCCAGCUCAGCUACAGGUAACACACACACUCUCCUGCCAGCUCGGCUCCAGGUAACACACACACUCUCCUGCCAGCUCGGCUCCAGGUAACACACACACUCUCCUGCCAGCAUCCGCUUAUUUGAUCCUCUUAAAGACUUUAGCGGAGAACUGGGCGAAGAUACUAGCGCUUUCCCGAGAGCCUGGGACACACACGAGGUCUCUGUCUGAGGAGUUGUUAAUCUGCAGGCUGUGGUUGAGCAUCAGUGUGAUGAACACUGAGCUAAAGAGGCACGGAGAGGUGAUCAGCUCACUGCAGUUCUACUGGUUAAAAACAUGCAGGCAGGUGCCGCUUUAACUUAGAGGAAUCUGGCUGCUUGAAGUAAUACAGUUAUAUACAAGUAAUAGAGUUCUUUGCCUUCAAAAAAUAACCCAUCAAAACAUAACAGUAUAUUAUGGAUGGUAUGGAUUUUUGAAAUCGUACUGGUCUUUAAUUUAUUUUUAAAUGUUUCUCAAAGCUUGCCAUUUGUGUUCUGGUUGGUUGACUGUACUGUGAUUGGUUGAAUGACUGUAUUCUCUGUUGUGUGAUUGGUCUACAGGGUGUGUAUCUGUGGUUACCCGCGGCAACAGCUAAGGAGGUAUAAAGGCAUCAGCUCUCGUCUGACCGUCACCUCUGAGUUCCUGGUCCAACUCCUCACUGGGAUACACUAUGCACUGUGAGAACACACACACAGUAUCCCUAACCUCCGACGCCUGAUUUUAACCAUGAACCCAACCCUGUGAACAAGAGGGUUGAUUAGUUUGUGUGUGCGCGUGUGUUCCAGGUGUAAUGGGGAGAUGGACCUGGGUUCCAAGGCACUGGAUGAUGUUCUGUACCGAGCUCAGCUAGAACUGUUCCCUGAAGCUCUACUGGUGGGUGACAUCACACACAAACACACACAGGUGUGUGCCAGGACACCGACCUCUCCCAUGUCAUGUCACCAGAGUGUGUGGUGCCUGUAAUCCCACAGUGUUAAAACAUUGAGAUGUUAAUCUGUAAUCCUGAAGGCUGCUACUAUAUCAAACAGCAGGCAGCGGUUGUUCAACAGUACCGUGUACACACACACACACACACACACACACACACGGCAUCCCGUGGUUGUUGUCAAUACUUAACAUUGUGUGUGUUGUUUAGGUGGGUAAUGCCAUCAAGUCGUCCCAACAGUGUGCAGCACUAAAAACUGGCGCUAGUAAAGAAGGAGCACGCAGCAUUCAGGUGGAGAUCACUCCUACUUCCUCUAGGUAUGUAUAUACUCUAUAUCUACACAGUAUACUUCCUCUAGGUACAUACAGUAUGUGUGUGUAUAUACAGUGCCUUCAGAAAGUAUUCAUACCCUUUGACUUAUUCCACAUGUUGUUGUGUUCCAGCCUGAAUUCACAAUGGAUUACAUUUAUUAUCACUCUCACCCAUCUACACACAAUAUCCCAUAAUAAAAAAUAUGAUUUGUUUUAUUUUAUUUUUUGUGUAAGUGAUAUACAGAAAUGUCUCAUUUAUACUGAACAAAGAUAUAAACGCAACAUGCAAGAAAUUCAAAUAUUUUACUGAGUUACAGUUCAUAUAAGGAAAUCAGUCAGUUGAAAUAAAUUCACUAGACCCUACUCUAUGGAUUUCACAUGACUGGGAAUACAGAUAUGCAUCUGUUGGUCACAGAUACUUAAAAAAAAUGGGCCUCACAAUGGGCCUCAGGAUCAGGUCACGGUAUCUCUGUGCAAUCAAAUUGCCAUCGAUAAAAUGCAAUUGUGUUUGUUGUCCGUAGUUUAUGCCUGCCCAUACCAUAACCCCACCGCCACCAUGGUGCACUCUGUUCACAACGUUGACAUCAGCAAACCACUCGCCCACACGACGCCAUACACGUGGUCUGUGGUUGUGAGGCUAGUUGGACAUACUGCCAAACAUUCAAUUCUCUGGCAACAGCUCUGGUGGACAUUCCUGCAGUCAGCAAAACUUGAGACAUCUGUGGUAUUGUGUUGUGUGACAAAAAUGCAUAUAUUAGAGUGCCCUUUUAUUGUCCCCAGCACAAGAUGCACCUGUGUAAUGAUCAUGCUGUUUAAUCAACUUCUUGAUAUGCCACACCUGUCAGGUGGAUUAAUUAUCUUGGCAAAGGAGAAAUGCUCACUAACAGGGAUGUAAACAGAUUUGUGCACAACAUUUGAGAGAAAUAAGAUUUUUGUGCCUAUGGAACAUUGCUGGGAUCUUUUAUUUCAGCUCAUGAAACAUGGGACCAACACUUUACACGUUGCCUUUAUAUUUUUGUUCAGUACAUAAGUAUUCACACCCCUGAGUCAAUACUUUGGCAGCGAUUAUAGCUGUGAGUCUUUCUGGGUAAGUCUCUAAGAGCUUUCCACACCUGGAUUGUGUAACAUUUGUCCAUUAUUCUUUUCAAAAUUCUUCAAGCUCUGUCAAAUUGGUUGUUGAUCAUUGCUAGACAACCAUUUUCAGGUCUUGCCAUAGAUUUUCAAGUAGAUUUAAGUCAAAACUGUAAAUCGGCCUCUCAGGAACAUUCACUUUUCUUGGUAAGCAACUCCAGUGUAUAUUUGGCCUUGUGUUUUAGGUUAUUUUCCUGCUGAAAGGUGACUUAAUCUCUGUGUCUGGUGGAAAGCAGUUAAUUGCUUUUCCACAUUUUUAGCAGUAUUACUUUAGUGCCUUGUUGUAAACAGGAUGCAUGUUUUGGAAUAUUUUUAGUCUGUACAGGCUUCCUUCUUUUCCCUCUGUCCAUUAGGUUAGUACUGUGGCGUAACUACAAUGUUGUUGAUCCAUUCUCAGUCUUCUCCUAUCACAGCCAUUAAACUCUGUAACUGUUAUAAAGUCACCAUUGGCCUCAUGGUGGAAUCCCUGAGCGGUUCCCUUCCUCUCCGGCAACUGAGUUAGGAAGGACGCCUGUACAGUAUCUUUGUAAUGACUGGGUGUAUUGAUCCACCAUCCAAAGUGUAAUUAAUAACUUCACCAUGCUGAAAGGGAUAUUCAAUGUCUGCUUUUUUUUUUUUUUUUUACCCAUCUACCAUUAGGUGCCCUUCUUUGCGAGGCAUUGGAAAACCUCCCUGGUCUUUGUGGUUGAAUCUGUGUUUGAAAUUCACUGCUCGACUCCGGGACCUUACAAUUAUCUGUAUGUGUGGGGUACAGAGAUGAGGUAGUCAUUAACAAAUCAUGUUAAACACUAUUAUCGCACACAGACCAUGCAACUUAUUAUGUGACUUGUUAAACACAUUUUUACUCCUGAACUUAUUUAGGCUUGCCAUAACAAAGGGGUUGAAGGCUUAUUGACUCAAAACAUUUCAGCUUUUCAUUUUUAAUUCAUUUGUAAGAAUUUCAAAAAACAUAAUUCCACUUUGACAUUAUGGGGUAUUGUGUGUAGGUCAGUAAUCCAUUUUAAAUUCAGGCUGUAACACAACAAAAUGUGGAAAAAGUCAAGGGCUGUGAAUACUUUCUCUACACAGUAUACUUCCUCUAGGUACAUACAGUAUAUACUCUCUAUAUCUACCCAUAUCCAUUUUGAUCUAUAGUUAUAGGUUCAUAGAUUGAUCGUUAUUUUUUAGUGGAAAAUUAUAUUUUGGAUUUUCACAUUGCACUCAAUAACAGUUUAAUGUAAGAAUUUGAUCAAUAUUGGUUUUUGAUGGAUGGUGAUGAUUUUGAUAGACAGCAUUUUAUAUCGAUUUUUCCUGUUUAUCUCUUUUGAACUACUAAUAAUUGAAUGUGAAUUCCGUCCUGUAGGAUUUCACGGAAUGCAGUCACAUCACUCUCUAUCAGAGGACACCGCUGGAAAAGACAUGGUAAGGCACACACACACACAUACAUACAUACACACAUACAUACAUACAUACAUACAGAGGACUGGGUUUAGAAACGCUAACCUAGAGUCAGUAGGGUAUCUGGCCAAUUCUCUGUAGCUAGUCUAGUGAUUAUAGACAUUAGGCUGUCUGUCUGCAAUAAGAGGGCAUCAGUACCAGAUCCUUCCCACCCAGCUCUACUGACUACUCUGUCCCGGAGUUCAGCAUGCCAUGGGUUCUCCACAUCAGGACAUUUAUUUAGUUACUCAUCAUUCACUACAUCACUGCUCAUCUGUCUCCAUAUUGUUCUGUAGACAUUAUCACUGUCUAUACAUGUUACCUAGACAUUAUCACUGUCUAUACAUGUUACCUAGACAUUAUCACUGUCUAUACAUGUUACCUAGACAUUAUCACUGUCUAUACAUGUUACCUAGACAUUAUCACUGUCUAUACAUGUUACCUAGACACGUUAUUAUGUUUAUACAUGUUUACUGUCUAUACAUGAUCACGGUCUCAUCUGUUUGCAUAGUUUACUGUAUGCAUUAUUAUACAUGCAUGUACAUUGUCACAGUCUGCAUUUGCAGUAUCACUAUACUCUGUAUACUGUGUGAUCAUCAUGAUUUUGUCUAGGAUUUUUUGUGUCAUCUGUGUGUGUGUGUGUGUGUGUGUGUGUGUGUGUCUCAUCUGUGUAUCUGUGUUUUAUAUCUGUCUCCAUCUCCAUGACCCCAGAGUCCCAGGAGGUCAGUGUAGACAGUGACCCGGCGACCCCUGGAGGUCAAGGGUCAUCCAUCCCAGAGAUCAGUGUGACGAUGCCCAACGGAGACUCUCUACGACCCCGUGACCCCCGACCUUUAACCCAGCCCGAGCCUGAGCCACUGGGGUCAGCCUCAGAGGUCAGCCCCACCCACGACCCAAGUCCUAGGGGUCAGGAGGUCAGGAGGCAGAAGUCUGUGAGGCGAUUGGUGGACGAGGGUUCUGGGCCCUCCUCCGCAGGGAGGGCCCAGUACUAAGACCCUCCCCAUCCCCGGGGUAACCUAGGUAACAGUGUGUGGAGGCGUGGUCUUCUCUAAGCAUGACGGCUGAUUGGUUGGCUGACUAACUUUCGUCGCGAUGCGUUGCUUCCUGAUAUGUCCUCCGAUUUCUCCUCCGAUUUGCUGUGUGAGAUCCCGUCUUCUUCCUCCUCAUCACUCACUCCAUCCAUUUUCCAUCUGUUCUCCAUUCACUGUGUGUGUGUGUGUGUGUGUGUGUGUGUGUGUGUGUGUGUGUGUGUGUGUGUGUGUGUGUGUGGAGGUAUUUUGGUCUCUAAAACGCCUAGCUCCAACACAUCACUGGGUUGCCGGGGGAGACAGACUGCUUUCUCCUGAUUGGUUAGCUGCAGCAGCUGAGGAGGAUAGGCAACUCUGGAAUGGCCAUUGGUCUCUUCCCCAGUAUUUAUUUAGUUUUAAUUUCAUUAUGUAUAUCAGUUCAGUGUGUCUGAAGGACCUGCCUAUCUGUCUGUCUGCUAGUAUAAGAUAGUAGCUAGUUGUCAGAUGAGGGUUGUUAGCUGUGUGUGUGUGUGUGUGGUGGGUAUGUGUGUUGCUUUCUGCAACUCCUGCUGCCCUGACCUCUGCCUGUUGCUGACCUCAGAUAACUGCUAACUGGUGAUACCUGGUAAGUUAACUGAUCGUAGCACCACUAACUGUUAUCACACGUAGUACAGCUGAAUGGCAACCACUGCUUGAAGUGGAAUGUAAAAAGGUGCCUUCAUUCACUAUCAGGGUCAGCACCAGCCCACUUCAACCACUGCUGGUUGGCUAACCCUCUGUCCUGUCCUGUCCUGUAGCCUGCUCUACUAUUCUACUGUCUGUCGUUUAAUGAUAACUAACUCCUCUCUCUCCCUCCCCCCUCUUCAUCCCCCUCUCUCUCUGGCUCUCCCUCCCUCCCUCCUCUCUCUCUAGACGCAGUGGAUUUGGGUUCCCCGGAUGAGUUGAUGAAUAUCUCUGAAGUGGACGAAGGGGUGUGGCCUACAGGAGGGGCCGGCCCAGACUCCCUGACUCCGCCCACCAUCACUAUCAGCAACAGUGUUACCCCUGGGGUGGGAGGGGCCAAGACAGGAAGCAGGAAGUGGCAUCUAGGCGGAUGGUCGCAUAAGGAGAAGGAGGCUUGUCCUCCAGGGGGGCAGACCCUGGGCGAGAACCUGGAUCUGUCAAUCAAACGUCUGACGCUGACGUCCAGCCAAUCGGUGCCCAAGGGGCCGAGCCACAGUGCACUGAGCAGCCUAUCGCGUACGGCCAGCGCCGUGUUCUCACGCUCCUUCGAGGGAAACAACACUGGGGGUAUCCGUGGCAACCCAGAGGCUGGCCGCUAUUCGUGCAGUGGCAGCCUGCAGGAGGAGGAGCUAGGCUAUCUAAGCCCCACCCCCAAACACACCCAGCGCUCGCCCAGCAUCAGCGUGCACUUUAGGAGCGACCUGUGAACCCUGACCUCUCACCCCCAUCUCAACCCUCUAACCCCAUGCCCCUGUACCUGUGACCUGUGACCUGUACUCCAAGCCUGCCAGUAGAACUGGAACACAUUCCCUCUUAUCCCCCGCCUCUCCUCACCAUCCCCCUUUCUUUCCUCUCCAUACCGUUCUUCAUCUCUCCCUCUUCUUCUUCAGUAGGACAGCUGCCCCCUCCAGAGACAGGCUUCUCUCCUCCCCCUCCUCUCUCUCCAAUGCGAGAGCCUGGUGUGAGACAGCAGGGAGCCUGGGUCCAUCCCUCUGCCCUGGAACUACAGAACCACCUGACAGAUCUGCAGACUGUGGACGCAGUAACUCACUACAACUGUUUUCUGAGAGGGUUUGGAAAUUGAGUAUUUAAAAGACUCUUGUUUGUCCUGUUUGGCUUUCUGUACAUCCCUCCUGACCACGCCCACAUCAGCGGGCAAGUACUGUGUGAGUGUGAAUGCAUGCGAGCGUUAGCGACUGUUUUUAGAAUAAAGGUUGUUGAAUGCUGCAAUGAACAAGGUGUGAUACUCCCAAAAACAAAAUGAAAAUAACUACAGUCUCUAGUGAAACUUUUAAGAUGCCCCCCUUUCCUCCUUACACAUCAUGCAAUAGGCCCUAGUGACUAGUGUUUGAAUGAACCUAACACAAUGUGACCUCCACACGCCCGGUGCCAUAGCAACUAUUUAUUCAUCCAGUCUGAAUAAUUCUGCAUCCCACGAAAUGAUUAAAUGACAGACUGCAAAAAUGAUAGAAACCAAAAAUAAUCAUUAAAGUCUUUCAUGUUUACAUGUGAAAAGUAUUGAUUGAUGAUGUCAUCCUACUAGAAGCAAUAUUUAUCUUUAUUUUCUCUCUGAUCAGAUCAAACAAGCUGAUUGGGGUUGUUAUGUUUCUGAUCAAUAAAUGUAUUGGGGCGGGUUUGUUAUGUUGUAUGAUAAUGUAUAAACUGUUUGUAUGAUGUAAACUGUGGUAUUUUCCUAUGACAGAGACUUGGGUUUUUAAAUAUAGAUGCAACAAUAUAUCAAACGCAGUGGGGUGCCUACCUGCUUACGGUAUUGAUAUGCGUAAGCAGGAAGUCACCCCGUUGUCGAUUCUGAUGUCAUAUUGCUGCGUCUAUCUUUAACUGUGGUGUUCUAUGUACGGCAGACAGUGGUUAUAAAUGUGGUAUUUUCCUACGAGAGGGAGGGAGAGACAGUUGUUGUUCUAGUUGUAUUGAAUCUCCAUAGUGUUAAAGCACAAGAACCCAAACCAACCCAACCCUACAUGACAUGUGCCUGAUGGCCAAACCACACCACCACCAUCCCGAACACACCCCUAGGCCUAGGAGUAGUGGGUAUAGGGGCUAGGGAAUAUUGUUAGGCCUAUACAAGCUAGGGAAUAGGUUUAUAGGGGUUGGUUUGGGAUUAGGCCUGUAAACACUGUCCUCUCUUCCAAUCCCCUCCCACUCUGAAGUGUCAGUAUAGUAAUCUUGUGUUUAAUUGGUUGAUCUUUAUUGAGUGAUUGGUAGAUUAUUUUUAUUAGAUGUUAACAUGAACUUUACUGUGUUUGUCUGUUCUCUGGUUCAUCAUCACCUGCUUUAUAGCAUAAUGGAAAUUGAGGAUACAGACAUAAAGAACACGCAACCUUUGAGGAGAGGCGCACUGUUGACUGGCGGAACAUUUAAGUCAAAACGAUUGCACGAAAGUCACACUCCUCUCUCCAUUUGGUGGCAAUGAAGUUCACUGCAGUGCAGAUGGAGAGAACAGUGUUGGGUAUCCGUAGGUCAUCAGACAACACUGUUGUUUCCUACUGGACAUCUGAAUGCAGAAUAAAGUCUGCCCUUCUGGAACCUUUGUUCUAGAACCAGUGUUCUAUCAUUCUGUCAGUGUUCUAGAUCUGUUUUAUAUUCAUACAAUAACAAUCAUCAUGUUUCUGUAUUAUGUUGCUUAACUGCAUGUCAUGAAUCUGUACAUAUUGUUUUUGGACUUCAGUUGUUGGUUUGGCCUUUCUGUCU